AAUUAUUCGGAUGCGUAGCAGCGGGCCAGACGCCGUGGACGACGACGAGCUGCGCGACGAGAUGCGCCACGCGCUCGCGCAGGCGCGCACCGCGCUGGACGCUGCUAAUGCGCGUGCCAUCGAGCUCGAACGCGAGCGCGACGCGGCGCAAGCACAGCUGGUGUGGGAAGCCGACCGCCUCAACGUCGUCAUUGCCGAGCUUCGCUUGGAGCUAGGGCAGCCGAUGAGCGAUGCGUCGCUGCUGAGCGCGAUGGUCGUCGAGUGCCGCACGACGCCGCACGAUGGACGGCCCAUCGUCGAGUACAAGCUGGAACUCGUGACCAACUCGCACGGUACAUUACACGUGUGGCACCGACAUAGUACGUUCCGCGGUCUCGCCGCCACGUUGCGCCAGCGACAUGCCGGCUUGAGCCUCCCGGACCUGUCAGAGAAGCCGACCUUUGGCGUCGGGUCCCGUGACCGGACGCGUGCGCUCAACCAGUUUCUCCACACGAUCACGCACGCGCCCGAGUUGCAGUGGGGCAUCCGCGUCGACGCCCACACAUGCGUGUACAAGCGCCGGCGACCGACGCUGCGCAGCUUGGCCGAGCGACCAUCUGUAGCGCCGACGAUCGCGUCCUCGGACGACGAAUGCUCGCCCCGCAGCAGCUUUGUGGUUCCCGCCAUCGAAUGAACGUUGAAUGCAGGGAGAAUACAACGUGUACGAUUUGUUGAUCCA